CGUUUCUGCGUUGUUUACUUACGGAAAAUAAGGAGGAGUGCCAAAAGGGAAGGAAAAAAAAAAAAAAAAAAGAGGAAAAAGAAGGAGGCUCUGACCGCAGUGCAAACCAGGAACCUUGCCCCCUCCUGACCAUUAACCUCGGUGGAGGCGGCGACAGCGAGCGGAUCCCCUGCUUGUCAGGGGCAUGUGAGGCGGGCCGGGACGCUGCUUCGUACAUUUCUUUGCCUAUAUUCAUAUAGGUGCCCUUGACCACAGACAUGAGGCUCCAGCAGCUCCUUUGUAUCGUGUUUUUUCUCCUGGUCAGCCUGCUCCCAGCAGGCGGGCAGAGGCCAGCCAACCUGGCCCUGCGACGGAAGGUCCACCGGCACGGCUGCUCCCACCGGCGUUGCAUGCCGCUCCACUCCCGGGUUCCCUUCCCCUGAGCCCGGCAGAACCCGACCAAGCAGUUUCAUAAUGGGCUUUCAGUGUUUUAAAGGAGCAACAGUUAAACUGAAGGGAGAUGUUAAUCAGAAGUCCAGAUCACCAACACUUGACCUGAUAGAGCCAUGGUAGUCCCACUUUCAUCAGUCCUGCCUAUCAUGCUCUUCAAGACCGAAGGCCCCUGGCUUACACUCUAGAAAGGGGUGAAGAAACAAAGGGUGGUGGUGGGAGGAUAUACAUGAACAAAUCUGGUUGAGACAUUCCGUAUAAAUUCUUUGGCUCUCAUAAUAACCAGUGAAAGUUGAAGACCAAAUCAAACAUCAGGUACAUGAGAUGGAUUUCUAGUGGUAUUAAGAAGAAUCUGUCCAAGGGGACUCCUGAUGGUUUUGUACUACUCAGACUCAGAGAAAUCGAACAUGCUGGUUACUACUUAAUUCAGGCUGUGCACAGGGCACUAUUUCAGGUGAAAAGACAUCAGACUCCAGCACAGCACUGUGAAAGUCCAUUUUUUGUUUUUAUUUUUAUAUAUUAAUAAUAUAUACAUAUGUUUUAACACCUAGCAUUACAUCUUUAUGGAAUUACCUUAAUAAUAACAUAGAAUGCUUUACUGUAAUUGUACCAAAGUCAGCACCGCAUUAGUGGUCCUACCAGCUUCAUGUAUAGUAGGCAUAGUAAGAAUACAAUAUAAAAAAGCAAAAUACUGUCUCUUUAUUUGAAUUGAAACACACAGAGAUAAGAGAUUAGCUAAGGGUCAAGCAAAACUGAUAACUUUUAGAUCUCUCAAGUCAGGCCUUAAGCUCAUCCCCUGUCUAAUGAAUGAGCUGUUGCUGCAAACCCCAUCAUUUGUUUUCUUACACUGGGCUGCCAAACCAGACAGCCAAAACUUACUUAAAAUUCAGCAGUAAAGAACUGUUUGCUUCAUAGUAGUUUUCCUGAAAUACUCGCAACAGCAUUCUAAAUAGAGAAUAAAAAUAGACCAUUGAAAAUAAACCUUUGUGCUUAGGUACUCUGUUUCUGUAAUUUAAAUGAAUGGAACAUGGCAUUACAAUGAAUGAGAACUUCAAAGAGAAAACAGGCUGUUCUUUCCAGCACUGGAUGUCAAGAAUACAUUGAGCAUUUAUUUGACAUUUUGUUUCUAAAAAUACAUGUUUCACAUCUCCUUUUUAGAUCAGCAGAAAUUACAAACCUACAACUUAAGGAAAACAUUGUAGCCUUUUCAUUAACAGAACUAAAAUAAAACUGAAAAUAGGCUGCAGCCAGAUUUUUAAGUCACCGCACUAAUUUUAAAAUGUCAGUAUUUUUUGUAAAUUGCAUAAAGCUGACAGAAGAUUAGCAGUGUCACAAUUUAAAUCCAGUAUUAGAAUUUUGUCCUGCAACAGAUUUGCAACAAUCAAGAAAACUUUACAUUUAACAUCACAUUCUGGAGAUUUGGAAGACCAUUCGUGCCAUAAGCAAACAGCCCUGCAGGUAAACCCUUGGAGUUUUUAAAAAAAAAAAAAAAAAAAAGUUUACCACAAUUGGAGGCCUACUACUACUACUACUAAUUUUAUUUUUUAAUUAUUUAUUGAACUUAGCUUUCAUAUGUAUACACACCUAUCUCUGUUAAAAGUACAGGCAGAGAGUAUGGAAAAGCAAGAAAGGGUGAAGAUAGUUACAUAAUUAACUAUGUAACUGUCAUUUCUUAUAAAGGAGUGCAUGGAUUUAGUGUGGUACUGGGUAUUUCAGAUAACCAUAAUUAUUCAAUUAACUUCGAUAAAAUUGUAAGAAAAUAUAAUGUAUCUAUCAGAGAACGGUAUGUGCAUGUUCUGUUCUGAAUGUAAAAAUUAAAUAAGUAGCAAAGUGUACUAGGAAGCCUGCUGUCAGUCAACAAAGUUAUUGUAAAUAUCUGUUCAUUUUAGACAUGAAAAUAUCACAAAAUCUUAAAAAGGCCUUGAUUGUCAUCUUUGAUAGUUAUGAUCCUAAACUAGCUGGUUGAUAUUAAAUUUUGUAAAAAGACAGUAUGCACUUCAAAGAACAGUAUUUCAUUUUAAAUAAACUAUACACUUCAAAAUUCAUAUACUUCAAUGGCAAUGCACCUAAAAAAAAUGGAGAAAUUGUCUCAUUUCCCUGUGGAUUCAUAUGGCAU